GGGGAAGCUGCUGCCUUCGCUGCUUGGGCUGCCCGGGCUUCCCACUCUCCUCCCGGGCCUCCACCCAUCUGCUUGCCCCCGGCCAAAGGGCCGCCAUGCGCCUGCCUUGGGCUGCCUCUCCCUCCGGCCUGGCCUGGGGGCCACUCCUGCUGGGCCUCUGUGGGCUCCUGGCUGCAACUCAGCCCCAGAUGGUGCCCCCAUACCACUCUGAGAACCACGUGUGCUUGGACCAGGAAAAAGAGUACUACGAGCCCAAGCAUCAGGUCUGCUGCUCCCGGUGUCCCCCAGGCACGUUCGUCACAGCCAAAUGCAACCGCAGCCAGAACACGGUUUGUACCACAUGUGACAAAAACUCCUACAAUGAGCACUGGAACCACCUCACCAUCUGCCAGCUGUGCCGGCCCUGUGACCCUGUGCUGGGCUUCCAGGAGGUUGCACCUUGCACCAGCACUCGCAAGACGAAGUGCCGCUGCCAGCAAGGAAUGUUCUGUGCCCACCGGGACCCUGAGUGCGUGCACUGUGAGCUGCUUUCGGAGUGUCCCCCAGGCACAGAAGUUGAGCUUAAAGAUGAAGAUGAGGAGCCUGACAACACCUGCAUUCCCUGCAAGGCAGGGUACUUCCAGAAUGCCUCCUCCUCCAGUGCCCACUGCCAGCCCCACACCAGGUGCGAGGACCAGGGCUUGGUGGAGGUGGCUCCAGGCACCGCACAAUCUGACACAGGCUGCAGAAACCCACCAGAGCCGCUGCCCCCUGAGAUGCCAGCAGGAACGAUGCUGGUGCUGGCCAUCUUGCUGCCUCUGGUCUCCUUUCUGCUGCUCACCACUGUCGUCGCCUGCACCUGGAAGAGCCACCCCUCUCUCUGCAGAAAGCUCGGAUCGCUGCUCAAGAGGCGUCCAGAGGGAGAGGAAUCCCCCUCCUGCCCCCUUCCAAGGCCCAACCCAGGUGUCCCUGACUUGGUAAAGCCACUUCUGCCCAUCUCUGGAGAUUUGUCCCCGAGCUCUGCCAGAACCCCAGGACCCCCACUUUUGGAGGAAGUGGUGCUGCAACAGCAGUGUCCCCUGAUGCAGACCAGAGAGCCAGAGGCUGAGCUGGGGGAGCAGGGCCAGGUGGCCCACGGUGCCAAUGGCAUUCAUGUCACUGGGGGCUCUGUGACCGUCACCGGCAACAUCUACAUCUACAAUGGGCCAGUACUGGGGGGAACACGGGGUCCUGGAGACCCGCCGGCUCCUCCGGAGCCUCCGUACCCUACUCCUGAAGAGGGUGUGCAUGGCUCUUCACAGCUUUCCAGGCCCUACCAGGAAGACGGCAAAGCAUGGCACCUGGCCGAGACAGAGACCCUGGGAUUCCAUGCCCUCUGACAGGGCCCAGGGCCAAUCCGUCACCCAUGCCUGACGGUGGUCUGAGAGACAGAAGGAGAAGAGGACCUGAGGCCUUUUUCCUAAGGCUGCCCCACCCGCAGGACUCACCAGGGCCUGGGCAGACCUCUGUAGGCACGGCUGCAAUAUACCAGGCCUCAGAUACUUCCUAGAGAGCAGGCUGGGCCCCAGUUGGGGACAGUGCCCCCACAGGACUCUCACGCCUGCCUGGGCGAGCCUGCGACCUCAGUGUAGACCCACUGCCCGCAGAAGCUGCAUCCGCUCAGCCUCAUGCACAGAUGGGGCCUGUGACACUAACUGCUGCCGGCCGCGGCAUUCCGCACCCCAAGCAUGGACUGAGGGGAGCUCAGUGGUCACACGGUGGGUCACCUACAAGGACUUCUUCAGGAUCUCUGGAGGACUCAUGGUGCUCAGUCCCAAGAUUGGGAGGCCCUGUGAGGGUCCAUACUUGCCACAGACUGAGGUGGACCCUGGGUGCAGAUGAAGUUAUAUGGAGAACCUCCUGACCCUCGCCUCCUGGAGGAGGGGAGAUGGAGUCAGUCAGAACUCAGGGUUUGGGUAGGGCUACAGGUAUGGGGAACAGUUUGGGAACGGAGGAAAAUGACAAGUGUAUUUAUAAAUUGUAACCACAUGCAAAUAAAGAGCAGAUUGAGACCCAGGUAA